CCAAUAUUUUUAUGUAGGUACAGAGAAGAUUUUCUAACUAUAGCUAUGUAAAAGUAAACGGGUCUUUCGUGAAAGACUUGCCCUCGUUUUGAAAGAAAAUCGCGGAGUUGAGCCAACUAUCCAUCUUCACUUAUGAACAGUCGUAUGUUUUUAUUUUUUAAUUUUAAGUUCAAGUCUUAUUUAGUAUCGGGGGAAUUUAGUGUUAGAUGAACUUCGUGAGGGAAUUAGGGCGAGUACGGUGAAAAAAAGAAGAAAGUAUUGGAAUUAUUCGGAAGUGGCGUGCGUUGUAGGAGGGGACGGCUGGUAAAAGGACCAGCUAUGCGGGUUUGAAGAACGAAAUCGCACUAAUGGAUUAAACAUCACUUGAAUCAGUCUUUCCUUUAUAAAAAUAAAUAUUAUAGCUGAACUGAGAGACGGAUCAAAUAAAUAGGCCACUCCACUAAGUAGAUUACAAGUAUCGCGCGCGAGAGUAGUGAAACGCGCGGGCUCUGAGGAUGAGCUUGUGCCUAUCUGACGUCCACAAGCAGAUUAAUCUUUGGUCAGAAGAUCUCUGAGUUCAAGAGGCAGUAAUCAUGAAGAUGGCUUAUGGAUCUAAUACAAAAACAUCUAGCAAACAAGCCUUUCAAACCGCGAUUCACUUCUUGCUUACUCGACGAUCUGGGAGUGAAACAAUAUUCUGAAAGUGAGGCUAGCCAUCUGUUUCGACGACGCCGUGUGACGUCAUUCAAGAUGGCUUCCGGCCGGUAGAGUGAAGUUGUGUUUAUUUUCAGUGGACAGCUUGCAAGCUGUUCGACUCUUGUACAUUUCGCUUUAAUGUGAGACCAGAGUUUACGGCCUUUGUUUGAUACAGGGCCUUCCAGUAUUUCACGAUCGGAUCAGCAACCCUUUGAGUCGCAGUUGCCUUGGUGUGGAAAAUGUUGAUCAAGGAAUACAGAAUUCCUCUGCCAAUGACUGUGGAUGAGUACAGGAUAGCGCAGUUGUAUAUGAUUCAGAAAAAGAGUCGACUGGAUAGUGUUGGAGAGGGAAGUGGAGUAGAGAUUCUUGAAAAUACUCCUUACACAAAUGGGCCAGGAGGUAAUGGACAGUACACAAAGAAAAUCUACCACAUUGGAAACCAUUUACCAAGCUGGCUGAAAGCUAUCCUACCCAAGGCAGCACUGAGAGUAGAAGAGGAGGCUUGGAAUGCCUAUCCAUAUACCAAGAUGAGGACCACAUGUCCAUUUGUAGAGAAAUUUUUUGUUGAUGUAGAAACGUACUAUUACCCUGAUGCAGGACAGCAGGAAAAUGUAUUUAAUUUAUCACCAGUUGACCUCCAAGGAAGGGAAGUUGAUGUAAUUGACCCAAUCAAGGACCCAGUAUCCUACUCAGACUACCUUGAAGAAGAAGAUCCUUUGUUAUACAAGUCCACAAAAACAGGGCGGGGCCCCAUGAAGGAAGACUGGCUUGAAUACUACAGAGUAGAUAAGCCACCCUCUGAUGUCAUGUGUGCGUACAAGCUUAUAAAGGUCGAGUUUAGAUAUUGGGGAAUGCAGAAUAAAAUUGAACAUUUCAUUCACUCGGGUCUGCGUCGCCCGAUGUUAAUGGGCCACAGACAAGCAUGGGUGUGGCAGGAUGAGUGGUACGGGCUCACAAUCGACGAUAUAAGACAUCUGGAGGAAGAGACACAGAGAGUAUUAGCCAAAAAAAUGGGAAAACUUUCUGACCACGUUAUCAACAACACUCCUUCGGAUCGAGAGAGCGAUCAAGAAGUGGGCUUCGCAAAUGACAAAGGGCGGGGAAGUGUAGUUUACGUACAAGAAAACAACAACAGCACCAAACUAGAACUGAUUUCUAAAACUUCACUAGACGAAAACGAGGGAAUUGUAUCUCCCUCACCCGUCGCGAUAACAGUGGAAAAAUUCGGAUUUGAUAAAGAUGAACCUAGCAAAAACUCGUACGGGUUCGAAUGCAAUGGCUUAGGCCAGAGAGACUUGAGUUCUACGGCGGAUACUUCUGCGGGGAGGCGACUGUCACGUGCGGAUAUAGUAAAAGGUUGGCACAUGAGUACGAUAGAAGCUAAUGGAUCAGAUUCCGAGAAUGACGAGUUUUUCGACGCGCAAGAGGAGCUCGAAGAGAACCCUUUCAACACGAAUCUGCUGUCCAUACGUAACGUGGAGCUCAGUAACAGUUUUAAGAGUCUAGAGUUGGACACGGAUUCCUCUCGGGGUAGUGGAGAGUCUUUAGAUUCAUUGGCAUCUUCUGUUGUUGACGACCAGAGCUUGUCUCCUCGCCUCAUCCGGAAACAGAAGCUAUGUAAGAAAGUCAGUGAUACCUCCACGUGCUCGUUACCAUGCUCUCGCAUCACAACCUUAAUCCUUGUCAUCCACGGAGGUACUCAAAUAGACACGGGACUGGACCCCACAUCACGUGACAUGGAUUUCAAACUACUCCAUGAUGCAUUCGAGGCCGUGAUAAAUUCUCAUUACAAAGGGGCGGUGGGAAAAAUUGCGUUGAGACUUGUGGAGUGCCCUGCUAUUUGCUCCAAGGCACUUAAUCUGUUGUCUCAGCUGUGUCCUUAUUCGGAGAGUGAUUCAGAUGUGGCUAGUGUCAACAGCGGUUUCACUCCAGUCUCCAGUAGUUUUCCUCUGAGCGCAAUUUCUCUCAUGGUUUCUUCCUCGCCAUUUUAUGACGAGGCGGUAAAUUCCAUGGUAGUCGCCACAAACAUGGCUUAUAAGGAAUUUCUUAGAUCUGACGAAGGCCAAGGGUUUAGAGGAGAGGUUUGUCUUCUUGGUGACUGUAUGGGCGCCCUGCUCGCGUACGAUGCUCUAACCUUGAGUGUGAACAAUUUACGAAGUAGGACUCAGAGUUUCCUCUCGAAUACGGCUAUGCUUUCCCCAAACGCUGCCUCGUCCGCGCCGCAAAACACGGCAGAGACAAACGGCGGCGUGCCAAGAAAACCUCGGCGCAUCAGCAGUCACACGCCGCCAAGUAAAAGCAACCUGGAGAACUCACACAACCUUCGACUCAGUCUAAGCAGUGGAAACAUCCGAGAAAACGUCGACCCUGAAAGAGACGAAAUGAUCACUUCGCCUCCGGUUGAAGAGAUGGAGGACAACGUUAUGAACUCACCGCGUCCUCUAAGCAAGGCGGCCAGACUGCAGACGUUUAGUUUCGAGACCAUGUCGCUCUCCGUUGAUUCAGUGGAUCAAGUGAUGUUUGAUUUUGAAGUGUGCAAAUUUUUCGCGUUUGGUUCGCCUAUUGGACUUGUGUUAGCUUAUCGUAGGUUCUUGAAUGGAGAGGAUAGAGAUCGAGGAAGUCUCGCUGUGCCACCAAAGCCUGCUUGUAACCAAGUCUACAACCUGUUUCACCCCUUCGACCCGUCGGCGUCCCGAAUUGAACCUUUGAUCAUGAGCCAGUUUAAUCAAAUCCCGACCGUAAGCGUACCUCGUUACCACCGGUUUCCAUUAGGUGAUGGCCAAUCACAUCUCCUUAAUAACGUCAUCGGUGCUUAUCCAGAGUUGUUUGUGGCGCAGCCGCCCUUGACUCCUGGUGCCAGGUCCCGCCCGGGCAUGGUUAGACGAGGAGACAGCAAUCUAAGCACAACAAGCCUGGUGUCUAGUGACAGUUCUGGUGGCACGGACCUGGAUAUAGCGACCCAGAAUUGGUGGGGCACCAAGCGAGUAGACUAUGCUCUGUAUUGUCCCGAGGGACUUCAGCAGUUUCCCACAGCUGUCCUCUCGCCUCUCUUCCAUGUCAGCUACUGGGAGUCCAGUGACGUGGCUGCAUUUGUCGUCAGACAGAUUCUUCAUGGGGAGUGGGACAUUUCAAGUGUUUCGUCUCCCAAUAAAAGAAUCCAAACGUUUAGUCCUUCCGAGCCCAGAGAGAAGUGGUUAAAACGAAGAACUGCCAUCAAAAUCAAGAACCUGAACGCCAAUCAUAGAGCUAAUGACCGGGUUAUACUUGAAGGUGUUGACCAGUGUCUCUCAGCAAGGUUCAUGUAUGGACCUCUGGACAUGGUGUCUCUUAGUAACGAGAAGGUUGAUAUUUACGUCAUGACCCAGCCCCCCUCGGGUGAGUACGUUUUGUUCGACACCGUAGUCACCGGAAGUGGAGGAAGAUUAUCGUGUACCAUUGCUGAAGAGAAGAAGCUUCCGGUAGGGAUUUACCCUGUCAAGUUGGUUGUAAGAGGCGAUCAUACUUGGGUAGACAGCAACCUGGCCGUUUUACCGCCCAAGACAGAGGCGGUGGUAUUCAGUAUCGACGGCUCAUUUGCGGCCAGCGUCUCCAUUCGUGGAAAAGACCCAAAAGUCCGUGCAGGUGCCGUGGAUGUCGUAAGGCAUUGGCAGGAGUUAGGAUUCUUGAUCGUGUACGUCACAAGUAGACCUGAUUUUCAAAAGAUGAAGGUUAUGGCUUGGCUUGCUGAGCAUAACUUCCCCUAUGGGCUUGUUACGUUUGGUAAUGGCAUCUCAAAGGAUCUUCAGAGACAUAAAACCGAGUUUCUUCGUUAUCUAGUCAACGAUUGUCAAGUGCUGAUCCACGCAGCGUACGGAUCAGUGAAAGACAUAUCAGUGUAUGCAUCUGUUGGUGUCAAGCCGCAUCAGAUAUACACCGUGGGAAAACACCAUCCAAGGAAAUACGCAAAACAAGCUCAGUUCUUAAAGGAUGGCUAUGCAGCUCAUCUAACCGCACUUUCUAGUGAAACAAUCUCCAGACCUGCUGUGGGAAAUUCUCGUUUGAUUCUCAGGCGAGGUUGUUUCGGCCUACCCUCGCGUGCGUCCAAGACGAGACACAAGAUCAAACGUUCUAUUUCAGACAGGCCCUCACCUGAUUCCGAUAAAGAGUGCUCGUCAACCUUAUCGGGAACAUUCAAUUACUCUUCCUUUAGAUACACUAAGGGGCGAUCUGUGAGCAAGUUUGAUGAACAAUAGCUUUUCAAGGUAUCUUUGUUGGUAAGAAAUGUUCCACUUUAGCAUUGAAUCUAGAGAAUCGAUGCGUGUAGUUUAAGAUAGUUUUUCUUCCUUAUUAGGAUGUGCGUCAUGGUUUUCUGAGGCGGGAGAAAAACAAGAUGUUGGCCCGCGGGUAACGCGCGUGUCGUUCGCCUGUCGCGCGAGGUGGGUGAAGAAACCACUGCUGUUUUCAAACUGUUAAACAGCCUCUUUACUUGUGUUUGGCAAAAAACGGCUAACCUUUUAUAUGACAGGAACUUAAUUAAUAAUUUUUCUUUCGAGGCCGCCAACGUCAUGCGACACUUCGCUCACUGAAAUGUUGCGUGACAUCCCAAAUGACGUUUAUGAAUCAGAAUAAACUAAUUAGGGGCUCUUAAAGCAAGCGUAUCUGUCUUCACGGGCUUGCCAAUUAUAGUUCAUCUUACUUUAUUUUUUAAACGGUCAAAACAUAUUUAUGCAUGACAAAGACACCGUGGCGAGAGUGGGACAGCAACGAUUUUCGCUUCUCUGAAAAGGAGCUCAGUCACGGUAUUUUGAAAUAUUUUGGCCGCGUACAAAACUAUCUUUAAAUUGAAGGAAACCUGAAAUAAUAUAUAACUAAGACAGAAAAACACCAAAGAGAUGCUAGUAAAUCGUAAAGGAGCAAGAAUGGUUAAGAGUGGAGAGGAUUGACGCGGAUUACAAACGACAAGCUUGAAAAAUUUAGGCUAAGAUUUUCAAGAUGCGCAAACCGUGACGUAGCUCCUUUUUAAGAGGUUGCGUGACGACGCAAAGAAUGUUUUCGAACUGGUCAUGAAGUAGGCGAAGAUUUCGUGUCAUUUUAUCACGUUGUCACGUAAUCUUGUCACAAUAUCACCACACGUAACCAAGUAACCUCGCUGAACUGUUAGGUUCUCUCUCAGUUUUCGUCCCUUUUCUUUCCCUCACGGUCUCUCGAGUAUUUGGCUAAAUGUUCCUGUACUUGUUUGUUCAAGCAGUUGUAAAUAAUACUUAGAGUGUAUCUAUAACCAAAUAGUUAGUUGUAAAUGUUAUUCAUUUGUAAAUUUUUGUAGAUACAAGGUGUAGUUUUUCCUGAACUUUAACUGCGGAGUGCUCCUUCGUUAUUUUCCCAGUAGUUAGGUAACGUUAUUUAAGUUGAAACUAUCAGUAACUAAAAAGUAUACUCUGAAAGUUGUCUGUGUGUAUAAUAGAGAAGAAACGAAAUCAAAAUUUCUCGAAGACUUGAUCUUCCUGAAGAGAGCAGAUAUACCAAUUUUAAAACAAAUACCUUAAUAAUAAUAUCUAGAUACAGAUUUAAGGUAUACACUUAUCACACCUGGCUGGUCCAAUCACAAUCGAGUAUUUUACUGAUGGUGUGUUUUAGUGGUCUAGGCUGCGUCCAGUACUUUUGACAAAUGUAUUUAAUUAAAAAAUUAUGUGAUUAAUUGAAAAAAUCUAAUUUUGAUUAUAAAUUUGAUGUUAUUCGAAUGCAAUAUCAUUGGAUGUUCUGUUCAGUUUGCUUUUCCCAUUUGUAACAUCGGUAGAUUUUAUAAAUGAAACUUCUUUUUUAUUAUACAGACCACACUGUAAUGUUAUCAUUGCCAACAAAAUCUAAACCGCAAAAACGGAAAUCUUCCCAGAAAGUAAAAGACGGCUUGUAAAAACUUGUGCAUAAUUGUCUCUGUUUGCCGGGAACCCGAAAUCGCCUUGUUGCCGCUUUCGAAAAGUGUUUUAUCGACCGAAUUAUAAAGGGACUGUACAUUGUGAGUUACAAGGAUAUUUAAAGAUAAUAAUAAUUUAAAUUAAUUUAUAGGAUCAAUGAUUUACUCUUGAAAUGUUCACUUAUUUAUGGACUUAACUGUUGAGUCUUGCUGAAAAAUAUGCUAUCUGGUAAUAUGGCAUUAAUUUAUUCCUUUGGAAAUCACCAAGAAUUUUUUCUACAACCAUUUCUCGGCGGAAUCAUUCCGUUAACCGAAGGCUGUCACGUGUUGCGUUCAAAUUCCAUUCACUGAUUGGUCGGGUAAAGUUGUCGGUGUUUUUCAUUGGUCCAUAGCACGUGAACAGUAAAUGAAACGCUGGCAUUUCUCUACUGUAUCACGUGUGCUCUUAACGGGAGAGUGUUUAUAUGGUCGUUGUAUCACGUGACCCAGUUUUUACAACCAGUCGAAGCAUAGGAAAGUUCUUGGUGUGUUCAAACAUAAAAGUAACAAUAGAGGUUUGUGUGUGCCUCACUUUAAAUAACUCAGGGUGAUGUAAACACUUGAGUGACCUGGUGAACAUCCCAGUCUCUGAGGUUCGCGUGUUUACAUUACGCUGUCUCUUCAUUUUCCUAAAAUAACAUUUUCUUGUUCAACUGAACGUUGAAAAUACCUGUAGUGUGAGAUUCUGCCUGUUUUCGUCUUAAGGGACCUCGUGAUAUUUGUACCACGCUCUUAUUUUUUUUUAGUUUUCUUUUCUUUAUUUGAAGAGUUUUAAAUUUACGUAGCUUAUUAAAUAUCUAAAGCAGUCGUUAGGAUGUGCAUUGUUUGUAAUAUAUCUACCUUUUAAGAUUGUUGCAAUGUAUUAAAGUUUUGUGUUAAUAUAGCUGAUCUAAACAGA